UCUAACAUGGAUGAUAAUUUAAGCACAAAAUCUUCCGAAUCGUCUAUAACAACCAGUGGAGAGUAUGAAAUCGUUACGGAUAGUAAUGUAACAUCACCCAUGGAUCUAGAGCAGCCCUCAUUGGAUAUUGCAAAUAAUCGCAAUAUCUCGGAUAUACAAAAUGCCAUGACAGAUGCAUUGGCAGAAUUGGAACUUGACAAAUCGAGUGAGGGUGGUUCAAGCGCAGCAGCAGCAACAACAGCAAUCAGUGUUAAACAGAAAUCACUAACACUACCCCUGACGGGCACAACAAGUCCUGCUUUGGUGGUACCCCAACAAUUGGAUAAGUCCAAAGAUAACGCUGCCACAAUGAAAACAAAAACUCUGGUCAAUCAUUUGAGUGGUAAUGCGGGCAGUAAUACGCCAACACCCAAAAGUGAUGAUUCCACCUCGGACUUAAAUCGUGUGGGACAAUCAGUAUUUUACGAUUGUACAGAUGGUAAUGCAGCAACACCACCCCUAACACAGGAGCUACCCCUUGGCGAAAGGGUAAAAGGUGAUGGGGCCGAUUUGGAUGAAAAACAGGAUAUUAUGAAACCAGAAAAGAAUGACACCGAUGAUGACAUUUCAGAAAUCGAUCAAGGCUGCACGAUUUUCUCGGGUGUCACCUAUUUGGGUGCGGCCAAUAUCAAUGCCCCCAAAUCGGAAACGGAUGUCUAUCGCAUUAUGAGCGAAUUGAAUAGCGGCACCUCAGCCGAUGGCCUAAAGAUCUCCAUUAGCAUUCCGAAUUGUUCGGACGGUCUGGUUGUUUUGCACGAUGCCGAAACCAACAGCAAAAUACAAGCCUAUGAAGUACAAAGUAUAAUUUUAUAUUUUCGUGGACCGAUUGAAACCGUUGAGCAUGGUUGUUUUGCUUUCACCUGGUUGCAUGGUGAAUCGCUGUUUCAGUGUCAUGUAUUUCGUUGCCAUAUACCGGAGGCAGUAAAUCAAGUUAGCGCCUGCUUCCAAAAAGCUUUCCAAACCUAUCCGCCCAGCAUGACGUGCAGCCUGAUUUCGGCCACCGAGAAUAAUAUGAUGAAUUCCAUUACUUCCGACAUAAGUGGUAAUCCCCUUAACACGGCCGGUUAUGAAUUCCAUGUAUCACUUGAGAUAAGAGAAAAGGUGGCUAAAAACUCCUAUGCUCCGGUACCACGUGAUCGUGGUACAUUUAAAUUACGAGCAAAUACCGACAAAGAAGUCUACAUCACAGUUAAACAAACACCGUCGACAGUAUUGCAACCUUUGUUUAUAGAUCGCUGCUUUGGAGUUCUCCUGAGUCCCGGCAAAUUGGUGAGGCAGGCAGAUAUGCGUUUAAUCGAUAUGAUAUCCAUGGGCUAUGUGCAACAAUCUGCUUCCUCGAAUAACAGUAGCUCAGGAGGUGGUGGCAGCGGCGAUGCUCCACCACCCAUUACGCCACUUUGUUUGAAUCCCUAUCACAUACAGGCCGAAUGGAAGACAAGUGAAAAAGCAUUUGAACAAUUAAAUGUUGAAACGUCAAAAACUUUUCUAACCGUAGCUGUGGACAUUGUUAUGCGCGGCAUACAGGAACCCGUGCGAUUCGUCAUUGAAACUCCCGUCACCAUACAGUCGGCUGGCGAGCUACGAAUCAUGGAUCAUUUCAUUUCUAAACGUCCCAUGACAUUACGUUUUUAUUUACACUUAAAACGUACAACCGAUGAAUUCAGCUGGAAAGUAAGUUCAAUAGAUCCCGCCGAAGAAAUCAUUGAACAGCCACAACAAAGCUCGUCAUCGUCGUCGUAUUUAUUGAAAAUUGGCAUGAACAAUUUGCAGCGCAUUGUACGUUCAUCGUCGAUUGCCUCCAUUGAAGAUGAUUGCCCAACAGAUUCGGAAGAUAUGUCCGAUGGAGAUGAACCUCUACUAAGUGGUACUGGUGAAGUACCAAGAGAUUGUCCCCAAAACACAUUGGAUGAAUGGGAUCCCGUCCUAAGGGAAUGGGAUGGAGAGAAAAGACCCAAAAACUUGGCACCUUUGGUUCGAGUCGGUAUACCGGAGGCAAUGCGUGAAAUGAUUUGGAAGAAAUUGGCUGGCAUAGAAUCUAAAACAGAAAUGCUUGACAUGUAUAAGAUUUUAAUAACCAAAGAAACCAAAUGUGAGACUGUUAUAUUACGGGAUAUACAUAGGACAUUUCCAGCUCACAAAUGUUUCCGGGAAACAGGAGGGUCUGGUCAAGAUGCCCUUUUCAAAGUUUCCAAGGCCUAUGCUGUGUAUGACAGCGAGGUUGGAUAUUGUCAGGGUCUAAGUUUUAUAGCUGCCAGUUUACUUCUGCACAUGCCCGAAGAGGAUGCUUUUUGCGUCCUAGUCACACUAAUGUAUGAUUAUGGCUUACGUGAUCUUUACAAGCAAGGCUUUGAGGCAUUAUAUUUACGACACUAUCAGCUGGAACGUUUGAUCAAAGAUCAAUUACCCAAAUUACAUGAACAUUUCCUCAAUUGUGGCAUUGAGACGCAUAUGUAUGCAUCACAAUGGUUUCUAACCCUGUUCACAGCACGUUUCCCGUUGUGUUUUGUUUUUCAUGUACUCGACGUUUUCCUCUUGGAUGGCAUUAAUGUUCUAUUUCAAGUUGCCCUCACACUGCUGUCAAUAUGUGAAAAUGAUUUGCGUCAACUUGAUUUCGAGGGUAUUCUAAAAUAUUUCCGUGUCACUUUACCCAAAAAAUGUCGCAGUCCCAGCCAGUCGACAAAAAUAAUGAAAAUGGCCUGUGAACGUAAAAUUAAGAAACUUAAACUCUACGAAGAUGAAUUUAAACUACAGAAACAGGACAAGGAACGUUUGGAGAAAGAGUCACAAAUCUAUGAGAAUCGUUUUGGUGCCGAAAGGCGAAAGCUACAAAGUGAAAUAAAUGAACUUCAGCAAAAAUUAGCGGAGGCUAAUGAACGUGCCAUUGAGCGGGAGAAGAAGCAUACGAAUAUUAUACAGGAUUAUAAACAGAUUAUACAACGUUUGGAACAGGAUAUGACAACAAUGAAUGAGACAUUGGGAAAUUUAAUGAGCACCGUGGCUAAAUGUGAAAAUUGUUCCAAACACAUUGAAAAGGACAUGCACGCCAACAAUGCCAUCAAUCCAACAAUGUCGUCCAACAGUCGGAACGACAAUCGAUCUCCAACAAAUAUUAAUACAAAUGCAAAUGAAGCCACUUUGGGUCCGUUGGAUCCCCUAAAUGCAGCACUCCAGCAUAUACGUGAACUAGAACUGGAAUUGGCGCAAGCAAAGUUGGCCCAGGUCGAAGCCGAAUGUAAAAAUCAAGAUUUAAAUCAUCAACUGAGUACCACAAUUACAGAGAUGCAAUCGAAUCGUAACAGUUGGCAGCCAUGGUUUUCCAAGACAUUAAAUACUCUACAAGAAAAGGUGACGCCACGCAACAAUCGUGAACAGCAAGCUUCAUUUCAGUCGUAUAUGUCAUCGGCGACUGGGAGUGAGACAAAUUCACCAUCUGGACAUCAGGAAUUCAAGGCAUUCUCUGUGAGUAACUCACCCAAAUUGCCAUCAAAAUUCCAGGCUGCCCGUCUACGCAACAGUAUUGAUAGCUUACGCAAUAUAAUGGUGGUACCUUUGGAAAAUACUGGAAAACAUCUUUUGAAUGAGACUUUAAAACAGCACCAACAACAACAGCAGCCCCAACCACAACCACAGCAACUGCAGUAAUUAUUAAUAAUGUACUAUUUGUGUUAAUUAUUCACAAACUCAGUAUAACAUUCCGAACAAUCGCAAUGUACUAAAUAUAUACAGAGAACAAAAAAGAAACAAAUACAGAAUUAGACGUGAAGGAAAUAGUCCUUUAUGUUGUAUCCUACACCUCUUUUUUCGAGAACUAUGGAGGCUUAUUAGUGUCUUGAUGCGAUUUGUAAUUUAUUUGUUUUAUUUGUAAUUUCAUGGUUGAUUUUUAGUUUAUUUUUCAUCAAUCUUUGUAGGCUUUUAAAGUAAAGCAUUGAAGAUGAGAUUUGUUGUUAUAUGGUUUUUUGAAGAUUUAGGAUUUAAUUUCCAAUUAAAUCAUCUGUAAUUUGAUGUUUAAGUUCUUUGUAGGUAGAUUAACUUCUCGCAAAAUAUAUCCAGUGUAGUUCCUAUAUAAUUGUACUUCCUAAUCUUUGGUAUUUGGAACAUUUAAACCCCAAUUUUGACAUUUGUCAUUUCGGAUGCUCAGUGGAAAGUUAAACUCCUCACCUAAAAUAUUCAAUUAAGGUCCACUUCUUGGUGCACAACCCAUUUGGUAAAUAUAUCCUCAGCCAUAUGGCUAGAGAGGGUACAUAUCAUUUGAUACGGUCAAAUCGUGCUUCAUUGAAAUAACGGUUUUAAAUCCUAGGUCUCUUUGAACCAAAUCCAUUUCAGGACAUUUGGUAUCGAUCUAGCGAUGUCCUUUCUUUCCGUCCUUUCCUCUGUCUG